UGACUCAAAAUCAUUAUGGGGAAAAACAAGCGCAGGAGAGUCACGCUGCCAAGUUCUCCAACAGCUGCCGCCUCCAUAAUCUCCGACCUCCCUGACAACCUCCUCCACAACAUUUUCUCUUUCCUCCCUCCCAAAACCGUCUCCCAACUCUGCAUCCUCUCCAACCGAUUUUACUCCGCCUGGAAUUCCACCCCUUCUCUUUCCUUCCACCACUCCGACGCCAGCGGCGGCGGAGUCAGAGAAGUGGAGGAGAAGCGAGAGCUUUUCAUCGACUACAUCAGCUACACCCUCGCCCGCCGCGCCCCUUCCUUCACCCUCGACGAAUUCCGAAUCCAAGCCCCCGCCCUCGCCCUCCACUCCUCCCCCGCCUAUCACGACGAUCGCGUCGACGCCGCCAUCGAUCGCGUCCUGUCCCGCGGCGGCCUCCGCGUCCUCGAUCUGGAGCUCGGCACCGGCGCCGACCUUCACAAUUAUCUCCUCCCACCCGGAAUCCUCGCCCCCGACAGCAGCAACAACGCCUCCCUCACCUCCCUCCGCCUCUCCGGCUUCCAGCUCGAUCCGGCCCGUCCCUCGCUCCGCCUGGCGGAUUACCCUCACCUCGAGUCCCUCACGCUCCGCCGGACCCUCGGGAUCGAGAGCCUCGAAAUCUCCUGCCCCAAAUUGAAAUCCCUAGAAGUAGACUCAUGCACCGGCCUCGUAACCCUAACCCUAGACCCCCAAACCUCGAGCCGCCUCGAGUCCUUCUCGUUCGUCGGCAAAAGCCGCGACAAGGGCCCCUACGACCUCAAAAUCCCCGCCGCCUGCCCUUCCCUGACCCGAAUCUCGGUGUCCAACGUGUCGAUCACGGGUAAAUGGGCCGCCGACGUGGCAGCCAGGCUGCGGAGCCUGGAGUCGUUGAUUCUCACCCAAUUCGAUCCCCUAAGUGGGGAUCUGGACCUGUCCGGUGGCAGCGAGAAUCUCCAGCUGCUCCAGCUGGAGAUCUCAUCCCGGAGACCCGUCGGGGUCCGAGUCCGGGCCCCGAAUCUCCAUACACUUAAGGUCGGUUACAAGGACGAGAAGUUCUGUAGAGAAUUCGACAUCUCGGGGUGUGGGUCCCUGGAGAAGCUAGAGCUGUUCCAGGUCUGUAUCACGGGCGAGUGGAUCGAUGCCAACCUGCGGAAGUUGGGAGGGCUCAAGUUUCUGGAGCUGAGAGGCUGCAGCCACCUGGAGGGGGUGAGAGUCCACCACCGGGGGCUGGAGCGGCUCGUGAUGGAAGGGUGCAAUGAGCUGAAGCAUAUGGAAAUUGUGGCCGACAGUUUGGGCGAGUUCAGGCACAGCUGCAGCAGCCUCGUGCCCCGUGCGGCCGCAAUCUGCGGCCGCGGCCUGUUGGUCGCCACGCUCGGGCUGCCUUCAGGAUCGUUCGGCGAGGAGCGGCUCGCGGCGUCGAGGGAGUUUCUGAAGUCGUUUGGUCAGUGUAGGCAUCUGACCCUAGUGGCGGCUUCUGCAAAGGAUUUGAUUAUUGAUGCGAUUUUGAGGGACGGGAAGACUGCUCCGAUGUAUGAUUUGAGGAGCUUGAAGACGGUGGUGAAAGAUUACCCUCGGAGGAGCGGUGGAUUUGUUACUUUGGUCGACAGUCUGUUGUGGCUUGCUCCUCACGUCAGUGUACUCUCUUUGCGCUUUCGGGACAAGAGAAGGACCCUCAAGCUGAAUUACUAUGUGCAACGAGACGCUGCGAGUGGUAAGGACGAGCUGCUCUGCUGCGACAGAUGGUGGCCAAUCAAGUGCUGGCGCCAUACCUUAAGGAAAGUCACAUUGGAGAACUUCGAGCCCUGGGAGGAGGCGGAUUUGGUCCAGUUUUUCAGGCUGAGCGCAGCAAGGUUGGAGGCCGUUUACGCUGAUGCGCGCACCACCAUCUUUGACGCGAGGGCGAAUUGAUCAAAUGUGGCCGGGCAAGCAGUUGUUGGCUGGAGGUGCCCAUCUGUAAGUUCGGUUAUUUGAGCAUAUGCAUUAGUGUAUCUAGUAACUUGUUUUACCAUGUACCUGUAUUUCUAGCAUGAAAGAGUUUAGUAGAAUCAAAAAGAUCUAAAUUG